AUGGCUCCCAAAAAGAAGGAGCAGCAGAAGAUGUCCCUCGGGGCCUUCUUGACUGACGAAAAAAUGGGAUCAUGGGCAGAUGAGAUGGAGGACAUGCCAGUUUCUGACUCUCGGACUGGCUACGGAGGAGGCGAACGCCGUACUUACAGCUCUACGACCGGCCAAUAUGGUGGGAGUAGCAUGGGAGGUUACUCUGUUCGCGAGGAACUUCCAUUGCCCAACAAACCCCCGUUUACCGUUCAUCUUGGCAACCUCUCGUUUGAUGCUACCGUUGGAGAUGUCACAGACUUCUUUGCUGGCUGCGAGUGUACAAAUGUCCGAAUUAUCGAGGACAAAAUGGAGAUGAAGCCAAAGGGGUUCGGUUAUGCAGAAUUUGCAACACUCGACGGACUGAAGCAGGCUUUGACUCUUAAUGGCACCCAGUUUCAAGGACGUAACAUCAGAAUCAGCGUCGCUGAUCCUCCCAAGGACCGAGACCGCCCAGACGCAAGAGAAAUUACGGACUGGAGCAGGAAGGGCCCGUUGCCAGACUUGCCAGGCCGAGGAGGGGGAGGUUCUCGUCGUGACUCUGACCGAGGUUUCGGAUCUGAUUAUGGUGGAGGAGAGCGCAAGGAGCGUUUUCCGGAGGGCGAUGGGAAGAUCCGUGAUUUCGGUAACUGGGAGCGCAAAGGACCCUUGUCUCCUAUUGCGCAACCAGAGCGUGGUCCACGAGAGGGUGGUCGUCCUAGAACAAACGAUGGCCCAAGAGGAGAAGGAUUCAGAGAUCGCAGAUCAUCACCAGCCGCAUGGGGUGAGGGCCGCCCUCAGGGAUCGCAAGAUGGUUCAAGACCGCCGAGGCGAGAAUUUCAAGAGCGCCCAGCUGUCGAGCGGGCUCCCACUGCUGCGGAGCAAGACAACCAAUGGCGUUCCAAGAUGCGACCAGACCCCCCAGCAGCCAAGUCACCUGUACCAUCUCGUGAUGGAAGUGAGGCACCCUCAUCUCCUACUCUUGCUGGAGCCUUACCGGUGGGUCGACCGAAGUUGAACCUCGCCAAGAGAACCGUUUCAGAGGCUACUGAUCUACCAUCCCCGUCGUCUGCCUCUGGUGACGCCAAGGCAAGCCCAUUUGGUGCUGCUCGCCCAAUCGACACCGCAGCAAAAGAGAGAGAAAUCGAGGAAAAGAGAUUGGCUGCAAUUCGCGAGAAGAAGGAAGUUGAGGAGAAGGCCAAGGAGGAAAAACGAGAAGCUGCGAAGGCCGCUAAAGCUGCAGAAGCUGACAAGCAGGAAGCUGCUGACGGAGAGAAGAAGGUUGAGAUCUUGCAGAGACCCGAUGAAGAGGACGCAGGCAAGGAAGAAGAAGCCGUUGAGAAGGAGAACUCGAACGGGAACAUUGUUGACGACAAGGCCGUGAAACCAAAGGAGAUUGUACGAGACGUUAAGCCGAAGCCAUCCGAAACUGGUGCUUGGAGAAGACCAUCCGGAGGCCCACCACCACCGCGAGAUGAUAUCCCCCGUGGUCCACGAGGCCGGGGUCGAGGUAGAGGCGAAGGUCGAGGAGGUCCAAGACAUUUUGAAGAUAGACCGCCAAGACAAAACAUGAAUGGAGGAGGCUCACCAGCAACCGCCGCUCAGGCCCCCGCUGCCGAACCUGAGGCUGCAGCCCCCGAGGAGGACGGCUGGAGCACUGUAUCAAAGCCAAAGAAGAACAACCGAGGUGGUAAUGCAGGCGCCCGCGUCAUUGCAUCCUGA